AUGCGGUAUUCGCUCAUUGUUGUCAGCCUCUUGCAGAUUGUCACGGCGGCGUCAGCUAAGCCAAAGACCGCUGUCAUCUCUGGAAGAACCCUGAAAGUCAAGUGGACGCAAGCUUCAGAUGGCUGGACUACCCAGAUCCUGACAAGGAGCAGUGGUGGCCAAUGGAAAGACGCGUCAUCUCUCGCUGAGAGUCAUUACGCCGUUGUAUCAAACAAGACCACAGCUGCUCAGGCUACUCUGUCAGUCCAGAAUGGCCAAGCUGGCCACUACACCGAGUUCGCGCCCGUGAACAUCACAUCAUCGUGCAAGCUGGGUACGGUGACCACCACAUCGGUCCUCGAAGACGGUAUUUUCACUGCGACUUGGAGCAUUGACACCUCUCGCUCCUGGGAUGUCAUCUCUGUCAACACGACAUGGGUGCCAAAAGCCGGUGGCUGGUACUCUAUUGUUAGCCCACGUGUGGUUGACAUCGCCGACGACGCGCUUGGCUGGGGUGUUGUUCCUGGAUUUUGGUCCUCGAACCAAGUCGAAUCCAACCACACUUUGGCAUACACCUAUGUUCAGGGUGUCCCGAUCGAACCCUUAGUCUCUGUCGAGGCAGCUACGACAAGCCUUGUUUCCAUCCUGUCCGACACCCAGUCGAAGCUGAAUUUUGCAGUUAUGCCACAUCCAUCAUUGGCUCGAGAUCCUUACCCCUCCAGCGAUAUUUCAGGACAGCAGCAGUGGAACGUUGGAAUGAGCUUGAGGAGCCGUAAUGGCACCCUUUCUCCCACGGCGUACUACCCUGUCCUUGGCAAGGCUCACUCACAGAUGUCCGCCGGUACCAGCGUCAGCGCCACUUUCCUCUACGUCGUGACGGAUGAACCCCACACCUGGUUCGAGGUGAACAAGUUCGUCCACAAUGAGGUCUAUCCCUUGUCCGAAUACGCCAAGCGGGCGAAGAAUCUUCUUUCCCUCAGGGAGAGGCUGAAUCGUAUCCAUGACUUUGUCGUUACGCCUGCCUCGAAGUGGAAUCUCUGGAAAUUCCAAAAUCUCACCCUUGGAGCUGAGUCGGCCAAGCUCUCUGAUGUGGCCGCCAUGUGGAUGGUCCAAAACCUCACCAAUGACCCUCAGAUGCUGGUGGAGAGACUGCCAUACGCACGCAAUUUCAAGCUCGCUCAGCAAGACACGACUGGCGGUCCAUUUGACGGGGCAGCCCUUGGAGAGUACUACAAGAACGGGGCGUUUGUGAGCGAGAUCGUUUGGAUAGGCCACAAUGAGCCUGACUAUGUCUCGCCGCUCUUCACCACAUUCUACACGCUGUCUGAUGUCGGCAACAUCUUGCUGUUCAACGCGACAGAUGAUGUGUUAUUCUCGCGUUUCAAAAAGGCAGCAGAAAAGCUCCUGAGCUGGCAAAAAGCAGAUGGGAGUUUUGACAUUGGCUAUAUCCGAUCCGACCCCAAGACCGUCAAAUACCCACAAUUGACAGACAACCGUGCCACCUGGUACGGGUUUAUCACUGCGUAUCGGGUCUUGAAAGACCAGAAGUACCUAGAAGCGGCCGAGGCCGGCGCACAAUGGUUCAUCAAGCACGUCCUGGCCACGGGCCGGUGGCUCGGAGUCUGCGAUGACGCCUACCUUUACCCGGACUUUGCCACCAUCUUUGCCGCCCAAGCCCUGCUCGAUCUGUACGACCUGACGCAGGACAAGACGUAUCUCGACGCUGCCAUAGAGACAGCCAAGUUCUACACCUUACACAUCUUCAACCACCCCGUCAACAGCGAUGCGAUCAAGACGCGCGGAAGCGAGAAAUUACAGGACUGGCAGCUCAGCCAAGUGGCGCUGAACUAUGAGCAUGCGGGCUUCACCGGCACAGCUACGGAGCGUGGCCCCAUCUUUAUCAGCAGCCAUGCUGGUACCUUCAUCCGCAUCCACGAAGCGACAGGAGACAAGUUCUUCCUGGAGCUCGCGCGUCUCGCCGCUCGCGGCCGUGAUGCCUUUGUCGAUGCUCGUAGCGGCAUCCCCAGCUACUACUGGUACCAAGGCAACGCCGGUGGUUCGAGGUAUCCGUGGCACGGCUGGUGGCACAUCGGGUGGGUGACCGACUACCUUAUAUCGAGCGCGCACCUGCUCUCCGGAGGGCAGAUUGACUUCCCGCACGGCUUUAUUACCGCCAAGGUUGGCAGCCAUGUGCCGUAUGGCUUUGCCCCGGGCAGGAUCUACGGCCAGGAUGCGGAGCUGUGGCAGCCGCGCAGCUUGGUCACACUGUCGGACCCGGAGGUCGAUUACAUCACCGCACGAACGCCAGACAAGAAGAAGCUUUUCGUCAUCAUGAUCAACGAAGCAGACUCGGCCAAGCAAGCAACCUUGAGCCUUAACCCCCGAUCACUGACGCCGUUCAAGGUUGCGAAAUGGGGUUCGGCUGAGGUGCUCGCUGGCUCCGGCAGUAAAAGCGGCGACAAUACUUGGGGUGUCGAGCUCUCCCCUAACGGUAUCACCGUACUGUCGAUUGGCACGUCUGUCGAUACGGACCCAAACGGUCCUUCUUUCAGGACUUUCAACAUUACAGGGGCUGCAGGGCGACCGACUGUUUCUUGGUCAUUCUGGGCGACUGUGAAGAGCUGGGCCGAAUGGACUACGCCAGGAGCCUCGAACUGGACUGCGUCGCUUUCGAAUGUUAAUUACACCUUCUCUACGCCUCUGGACUUGUCCACAGCCGGUCAGGGCUCAGUGCAGAUCAGAAUUGCCAGCCAGGAGGGCGACUUCAUCGGACAUUCCGAGCCAGUGACUUGGCAGCUGUAG